UUCAACUUCACUAUCCUUUUCUCACAAAGCAGCAGCAGAACAUCAAAUGGUGGUGCGCCAAACCCCUUAAAUGCGCACGUCACACUCUGUUUGUCUCCCUUGAAUCAUAAUCCGGAAGCAUCAAUCGCCCCUCACUUUCUCAUGUAAGAGAAUACUUUUCUAGUUCCUCAAGUAAUCUCGGUCCCUUCUCUGCAAAUUUCAGGUGAAUCUCUUGCUUCUAGUAAUUUUUGACUUUUUUUUAAUCCCUAGUUUGCGCCAUGACAUGCCUUUUGGGUUCCCUUCCAUCAUUGCUACGAAACUCUUUGUGCUAUUUGUGGAACCAUAUAAUCCUCCAGGUCGCUUCAAAAUCCUGAAUCCUUCAUGGGUUAUUGUUCGUCGACACAUUCUAUGUAUUUAUCUGUCCGCACUGGGCUUGGAUAAUUGAUUUAUAUUGUUUUCAUGUUUGAAACUUAUUGUUGGCUAUGUUCUGGUGUUGGUUAUUAUAUUUUAUAUCUCCCGAUUUACUAAUUUAAUCAAGUUGAUGUAAAUUAUACCUGUGUGGAUUAAUUUGUGCGGAUUUGAUGUUCUUGUUGAUAGGUUCUGCUGUUGAUUUCUUUGUAAUGAUUGUGCUGAUUCUUUUUCUUUUAUCGUGAGGGUUUUGGCAGUUUUUAUGUGGGUUAUUUUGGAUUGGUUUUUAGGAGCUGAUAAUGGGGAAAAGGGUUAAAAGGAAAGCUCGGACGCCAGCUAAGGAGAAGCGGGUUGUGACACCUUCAAAAGCUGUUUCCCAACAAAUCAAUCCCAGUGUUCAUACUGCUGACAGUGGAGAUUCAGUAGUUAAGGAUAGGAAACCAUGUACCCAUCUUUCCAAGGGUUUUGAUAUAAAUAAGUUGGCCAACAAAAUUGGUUCUUCAGAUCCCGUUAGAUGUGAAGAUUGUAGGGAGGAUGUGGCAGAUAGGAGACCUGGUAAGGGUAAACAUGGGAAGAAGAAAGGGAGUGCUGCAGUGGAUUCAAAAUCUGAGUCAAAAGCCAUUUGGGUUUGUUUGGAAUGUGGGCACUAUGCCUGUGGAGGUGUUGGACUGCCAACAAUUGCUCAAAGUCAUGUUGUUCGACAUGCUAGACAAACCGGACACACAAUGAUAAUCCAAUGGGAUAACCCUCUUCUUUGCUGGUGUUUCUCAUGCAUGACGCUUAUUCCGGUUGAGAAAACCGAUGGAGAUCGUGAAAAUAAAGAUAUACUGUCUGAUUUUUUAAAAUUGAUUAAGGGGCAGUCUUCAGAACGGUCACCAGCAGAUGUUGAGGAUGUUUGGUUUGGGGCCGGUGGUGUUAAUAACGGACUCAAAUCUGCAGGCACCGUGUCAAAUAUCAUUGAAGGAAGUGGUGGCUAUGUAGUUAGGGGUUUUGUUAAUCUGGGUAACACUUGCUUCUUUAAUUCAGUUAUGCAGAACCUUCUAGUUAUGAAUAAGUUGAGGGAGCACUUUUUGAAUAUUGAUACAUCUCUUGGACCUCUUACCAUUGCUUUAAAGAAGCUCUUCACUGAAACUAAAGAAGCUGGAGUGAAAAAUCUGAUAAACCCAAAAUCCUUUUUUGCUUGUGUCUGUUCCAAGGCUCCACAAUUCAGGGGGUAUCAGCAGCAUGACAGUCACGAAUUGCUCCGUUGCUUACUUAAUGGGUUGUAUAAUGAAGAGGUGGGUGCAAGAAAGCGUAUCAGUUUUUCACAAGAAGGAUUUUUAUCAAAACUAGGUCCUACAUUUGUUGAUACUGUAUUUGGGGGCCAAAUUUCUAGUACAGUUUGUUGCAUCGAAUGUGGCCACUCGUCCACAGUGUAUGAGCCAUUUUUAGAUCUUUCGCUUCCAGUUCCAAUGAAGAAACCUCCAGCUAAGAAGGCCCAACGGGCAUCUCGAACAAAGAAGACAAAGCUGCCGCCGAAGAGGAAUGGAAAGAUUCGACAAAAAGCUAAAAGAGAUGCAGAAGAGGUGGCAACUUCUUCAGUUGAUUAUACGCUAGGAUGUUCUAGUGGUCCAACUCCUAUCGAUGAUGAGAGUGGUUCAGUUCCACAAAUUUCUGCAUCUGUUCUGGGUUCUGAGAAUCAGAAAUUUCAGGAGAUUGCAUCUGAGAAAGUGGCUUUGGCAGAUGAUUUCACAUGGUUGGAUUUCCUGGAGCGAGAAACUGUAUCAGAUGAGCUUGAACUGACUCCACAGAACAAUGAUAUUGCAAUGAUCCGAGAUUCCAAAGAGAAUGAUGUGCUUGUCAAUGAUGUCUCACAGAACAAUGAAGAUUCCUCUCGUGCUGGUGAGCUGAAUAUACAUCCAGGUUCUUCUGGAAACCCUUGGGAAGAUGAGAUCCCAAUGCAGGUUCAAGAUUCUGAAGUUCUAUUGCUUCCUUACAAGGAAGAAACUUCCACUGCUGGGGAAAUUGUGGAAGGAGAAGCUGAUGCCUUUUCAUCUGUCUUGGGCUGUGCGCAAGAAGAAGUGGACUUUGAUGGCAUCGGGGACUUAUUUGAUGAGCCUGAGAUUUCAACAGUGUCCACAACACAGCAUUUUCUGGGCACUGAGGUUUCAGAGACUGGCUUUGCAGUAGGGAAUAGUAGUGAAUCUGAUCUAGAUGAAGUGGAUGAUACGGAUGCUCCAGUGUCUGUUGAAAGUUGUUUGGCUCACUUCAUUAAGCCGGAGCUUCUCUCUGAUGAUAAUGCUUGGGAUUGUGAGAACUGUACGGAACAUCUGCGGCAACAAAGGUUGGAAGCGAAGAGGAAACAGCCCAAAACUGCAUCAACAAAUACGAUGAAUGGAGAUGAGACGAGAGGCCAAACUGAUCCGUUACAAUUGGAUAAGGACAAUUAUUGUCCCAUUGAAAUUAAAACCCCUAAUGAUGGGGAUGGAAAUACCCAUAUUACCGGUGACAGUUGUAGUGAAAGCUUUGUUUCACACAAUGGGGAAAUUCGUUGCUGGAAUCAGAAUUUCUUAAAUAUUGAAAACAGCAAUAAUGGUCAGUGGAAUCCGUUGGUUUCUCAAUGUGUAGAAGGGAGAGAUGAGAUGCAAGAAGAACAAAAGGAACAGUUGCAUAUUUUAGGUUGCUGUAAGUCCUACAAUCAAGAAAGUUCCAGUUCUCCACCAAUUAUUUCUUGUGGUAUUGAUGGACUCAGUGAUACUGGAUAUUCUACAUUUCAGCAGACUAGUGCUCAAUUGUUGGUUGAACACUGUGAAACAAAUGGAAGUGCAAACAAGGAGAUUAAUUCCGAAAGUGUGAAGGUGAAGAGGGAUGCAACUAAGAGGGUCCUCAUCAAUAAGGCCCCUCAUGUUGUGACCAUUCAUCUGAAGAGGUUCAGCCAGGAUGCUCGUGGUCGGUUGAGUAAAUUGAAUGGCCAUGUUAGCUUCAGAGAAACAAUUGAUCUAAGACCAUAUAUGGAUCCCAGGAAUGGAUGCAAGGAGAAGCGCAUGUACCGUUUAGUUGGUGUAGUGGAGCAUCUGGGAACUAUGAGAGGUGGUCAUUAUGUCGCGUAUGUCCAAGGAGAGAAAAGCAGAGGAAAGGAGAAAGAGAGUGGAGGUUCAGUAUGGUAUCAUGCGAGUGAUGCCUAUGUGCGCGAGGUUUCCCUUGAACAAGUUCUUCAUUGUGAAGCCUAUAUCUUGUUUUACGAAGAAAUCAGAGACUGAAUGCUACUUUUGUGAAAGUUACAUCCUAGUUGUUCGUUACGAGGCACACAUCUUAUACUGUGAAAGAGGUUCCAAGAAUGAUUUCAAUGCGCAUGAGGUCUCCGCUCGAAGCAGCUCCUAUGUGAGUCAUACAUCUCACUCAUUUCUUAAAAGAAUUCUAUUUUAUUUUUUCUUUUGUAUACAAAUUUCAUGAGACAAUGGUGAUAAAGUAAAACUGAGUAACCCCAAUUGGGGGAGAAAGUGAGAGAGAGGACAUUUGAAGGAGUUGAGUGUAAAAAUUAAUUACCAUGAUAUAGAUGAUCCCAAAUAUUUUUGACAUGUAAGCAGCUCAAAGGUGCAGAUUGUAAAAUUAAAUACAAGAAGAAUCUCGGCCUUUUGGCUUUGGUUAUGUGAAAUUUAGUUCCAUUCAUUUUCA